GUUUUCUGGCUACAGUUUUUUUUUGCACUAGUGAUUUCAACUCUAGAAAUGGAGAACAUCGAGUAUUUUAAAAAAAGAAGCGGAACCACGGAUAGAGGUGGGGAGUAUGAGGAUGUGGUUCGCGCUUUCGUUAUCCUAAAACUAAUAAAAGACGUCGAAACAAAGAAUUUUCAUGUUUCGUCAAAUGAAGAAGGGUUCGGAGCUUUUGAUGACAUAGUUAUUAAAACUGAAUCAAAUAAGGGAAACAAAAUAAAAGCAGUUCAGCUAAAACACAACAAAAAUAAGAUAUUGUCCACAAGAAGUUUGAUGUCCAAAACAGGAGACUUCAGCAUUCUCAAAUAUUUCAAAUGUUUUCAAGAAAUAAAGAAAGAGGUUGACGAAUUAAUACUAUUUACUAACGGACCUUUCAAGUGUGACGACAAUACAACAAUUCAACUGGAAGAAGAAGAAUUUUCUAUUAUUCCUGUUAAAGUAAAAGCUGCUUCGGAACUUGCAGACAUAGAUUGUGCGUAUCAGUUUAAGAUAAUAGAAGAAGAUUGGAAUGUUGAAAUGCUUCUCAAAAUAAGAGAAUAUCAAAAGUUUUUUAGUAAAUUUUAUCUGUAUACCGAUCAAAAAAAAGUUGAAAACCUAAAAAACAAUGUAGCUGAAAACUUUAAAACAACGUACUAUUCGGAUGAGGAAAUAUUUGAAAAAUUCCUCAAAAGACUAAUUGAGUGGAAAAUCAAAGAAGGCAACAAAGAAAAGCUAAACAAAGAGUGGGUGGAACGAGUGAUCGCGCUACUGCUUUUAUGUUCCUAUAUCGAGCCUUUAUAUUCUGGCUCAAUUAAUGUCAAUUCCGUUAACGAUAAAAUGAAAAUAUUUCGAGAAGCCGUUUCCUUAUUCGACAUUACACUACUUGAAAGAGAAUCGUACGAAAAGCUUAAACCAGUGUGGGAUGACAUUAUAAAAGAAAAAAAAUUUGACUUUAGAGAAUUAAAUAAAGUAAGAAAAAGGUACUUCCCAGCAGUCAGUUAUAUUGAUAAUAAAAACAUCGACAAAAUAGAUCCAAGGAUAUUUAUUCAACUAUUAUGGUUAACAGACAAGUGCCCAUUAAUAAUACGUCAACAUGAGAACGUCGAAAAGGCCAUCCAGCUUUGUUCCGGUAAAAAGUUCAUCCUAAUUGGAGAAGGCAAGAAUGAGGAGUGGAUGGAAAACUAUACCGUUUUCCAAGAUCUAUCAAACUUGAAACAGAAACACGGCUUACGCGAAAUAUUGAUGCACAAUUUUACCAUAUCCAUCCAAGGAAAGGGAGAACUUAAUCUUGCAACAGCUUUUGACAAUAGCGAAGAAUUCUUAGAAAGCGUCACAACGGACAAGCUGGUGGAAAUGCUACAUGGUCCGUGUUACAUAGGGGGACAAAAAGAGAUUCUUCCUGAACCUUAUGUUGAGCGGAGUCUUUCCCGAAAUAUUAUUAACAUUAAAUACCUAGACAAAUUUUGGGAAAACACAAUUAUCAUUUUAAAUUGCGCCGAUAAUUUUGAUAAAGUUAAAGACAAAGUCAAACAAUGCAAAUUAAUUGUUGUAAAUAAUUUCUUACAGAAAAAAAAUCAGAAUUUUGAAAAUCAAAAAAAUAAACUUUAUAUAUGCAAUCCAACUCAAUAUAAAAAUAACUUUCAUUCGGAUAAAUCAAAUUUUACCAAUUCAGUUUAUAUAAGUAAUAGCAAUUUUAGUGAAUUAGAACUGGAACAAAUUUACAAUGAAAAUAGAGAAGCCAAACAAUUUCACUACUUUAAACUUUCCAGUGAUUGUAACUUAGAAUGGGUUAAAAGCAAAGGCGAUGUUAGUGAUUUAGAGGUUUAUAAGUUACAUGAAAAAUACUGUACGAACGAAAAUAAACUGUGGUGUUCUCGAUUAGAUAAUAACAUAAAUCUAAUAUGUGGCGAUCCGGGCAUGGGCAAGACCGAAUUAAUGAAAAGCUGCAAAAAUAAAUGUUCACCGAAACAUUGGACAAUUAUAAUUAGUCCUAACGAUGUGCACUCUUUUUUUUACAAUUCUAAGUUUUCCAAAACUUCUAAAUAUACAGAUUUAUUUGAAAAAUUUAUCGUAAAUAAAAAUUCUCGGUCCCUCAAGGGUUUCGAACGAAGGUUUUUCGAAAUGUGUGUAGAGAAAAAUAAUGUUGUUUACGUCUGGGACGCGUUGGAUGAAAUUGUAGGAGAAUGUUUAGAAGCUGUGACAAAAAUAAUCAUCGGUUUCUCAGCAAAAAGAUUCCUUCAAUGGGUUACUAGUAGAAAACAUCUAAAACCAUUUCUAGAAAAAAAAUUCAAUGUAUUGGCACUUAGUAUAAAUCAGUUUGACGAACAAGAACAACAAAAUUAUGUAAGAAAACGUUUGUCGUCUUUCAUUUCUGUAGACGAAAUUGAAAUCGUCAUUGAAAAAAUCAAAUCAUCGUUCGCGAUUAUCGAACACGUUAAUAUAUUGGGAAUUCCACUUCAAAUCUUUAUGGUUACCGAACUGUUCCGUCAAAACAGUGACAAAUAUUUGAAACUUAUGGAAAAUAUAUUUCUCUUGACUGAUUUAUACGAAUACUUCAUUGAUGAAAAAUUUAAUAAUUUUUACAGAGAUAAAUUGGUGUUUAAUUUUAAAAAUCCUCACAUGGUUAGUAGAAGUCGCGAAGAAAAACAGGAAAUUUUAGGUAAUUACGAGAGAGUGGCACUUAAAGUGAUAUUUUCGGAAGAAGUACUGAAACGAUUAAAUGUUGACUGUGAACAACACAAAGAAAAAAUUUUAGAAAAAUGUGUGUCUAUUGGUCUUGUAAGUGAAUUCGAAAAUGAUGUGCCACAUUUUGUUCAUGGUUCUUUUGCUGAAUACUUAGCUGCAACAUAUUUUUCAAAAAAUUUAAAUAUCUUUUAUGAUAUACUUGGUGACUUAAUGUUUAAUCCAAAGUAUAAUAAUGUUCGUUUCUUUUUUGACAUGUUGUUAGUCAAAAAUUGUAAAGCUCACAUUGCUGUCUUGUAUAAGAAGUAUGAAUUACUUAAAACUUAUGAUGACGAAACUUUAACACGCAAAGAUAAAGGUGGUAGAAGUGCUUUACAUGUGAUUUCUUCAUGGGGACAAAGACAUUCGCGUAUAAAAAUAACGGUUGAAAAUGGGAAGUGUAUUGUGCACGAAGACAGCAAUUUCGAUAGACAAGCAGAAAACGAAGCAUAUUUUGAAACGGUAAUCUUUUUGCAGAGCAAGAAUAACGUUGAAGAACACGAUAGUUUGCUAGAUGCGACUCCGUUGUCUUAUGCCAAAAAAAGUGAGAGUUUAGGGGCGGAAAUAAUAUUACUUCAAGCAAAAAAUAAAGAAUUGAAUCGUCAAGCAAAUUCUCUUAAUGAUAACGUUAAUAUUUUAUAUUAUUCUUCUUUACUUGGAUACGAUCAAGUGUGUGAACUUCUUAUUACCCAAGAGAUGAAAACCAGAGAAAAUCGUGGGUACGACACCAAAUUUGUUACUGCAGAAAAUGCUGAAACACCUCUAUUAUUAGCGAGUAAAAGUGGUCAUAUAAAAAUUGUUAAAUACUUGUUAUAUUUAAAUGACGAAAUGAACAAACCCACGAAACUUCGUGAGACACCGUUUCACUUUGCGCCCCAAAACGGCUACAAAAAUACUUUAGAAUAUUUUCUAAAUGUCGGUGAAGAAAUCAGUUGUAGGACUUUUGACAGCCCUUUCGGUGGCUUAGUGAAGCCAGGCCCUGAAAUUAAUCGAGGUAAUAAACACGGUGAGACACCACUCUUCGUAGCUUCUGAAAUGGGUCACGAAAAAGUGGUGGAAUGCUUGGCAAUAGCCGGUGCCGAAAUCAACAGGGCUCAGAAUAGCGGCUGGAUACCACUUCACAUAGCUUCCUUCAACGGUCACGAAAAAGUUGUCGAAUACUUGGCGACAGUCGGCGCCGAAAUCAAUAGCGCUAAUAAAAACGGUGUGACAUCACUUUAUAUAGCUUCACAAAACGGUCACAAAAAAGUUGUUGAAUACUUGGUGACAGUCGGCGCCGAAAUCAAUCGCGCUAAGAAUGACGGUGCGACACCACUUUACGUAGCUUCACAAAACGGUCACGAAAAAGUUGUAGAAUACUUAGCAACAGUCGGCGCCGAAAUCAAUCGCGCUAUGAAUGGCGGUGCGACACCACUUUACAUAGCUUCACAAAAAGGUCACGAAGAAGUUGUCGAAUACUUGGUGACAGUCGGCGCCGAAAUCAAUCGCGCCACGAAUGACGGUGUGACACCACUUUACGUAGCUUCCUUCAACGGUCACGAAAAAGUUGUCGAAUACUUGGCGACAGUCGGCGCCGAAAUUAAUGGCGCUACGAAUGACGGUGUGACACCACUUUACAUAGCUUCACAGAAGGGCCACGAAAGCGUUGUCGAAUACUUGGCGACAGUCGGAGCUGAAAUCAAUAACACUAAUAAAAACGGUGCGACACCACUUUUCAUAGCUUCACAAAACGGUCACGAAAAUGUUGUCGCAUAUUUGGUGACAAUUGGCGCCGAAAUCAAUCGCGCUAUGAAUGACGGUGCGACACCACUUUACAUAGCUUCACAAAACGGUCACGAAAAAGUUGUCGAAUACUUGGCGACAGUCGGCGCCGAAAUCAAUCGCGCUACGAAUGACGGUGUGACACCACUUUACGUAGCUUCCUUCAACGGUCACGAAAAAGUUGUCGAAUACUUGGCGACAGUCGGCGCCGAAAUCAAUUGCGCUACUAAUGACGGUAUGACACCACUUUUCAUAGCUUCACAAAACGGUCACGAAAAAGUUGUCGAUUACUUGCUGGCAAUCGGCGCUGAAAUCAAUCGCGCUACCAAUAACGGUGUGACACCACUUUACAUAGCUUCACAAAACGGUAACGAAAAAAUUGUCGAAUACUUGGCGACAGUCGGCGCCGAAAUCAAUUGCGAUACGAAUGACGGUAUGACACCACUUUUCAUAGCUUCACAAAACGGUAACGAAAAAGUUGUCCAAUACUUGGCGACAGUCGGCGCCGAAAUCAAUUGCGAUACGAAUGACGGUAUGACACCACUUUUCAUAGCUUCACACAACGGUCACGAAAAAGUUGUCGAUUACUUGCUGGCAAUCGGCGCUGAAAUCAAUCGCCCUACCAAUAACGGUGUGACACCACUUUACAUAGCUUCACAAAACGGUAACGAAAAAGUUGUCCAAUACUUGGCGACAGUCGGCGCCGAAAUCAAUUGCGCUACUAAUGACGGUAUGACACCACUUUUCAUAGCUUCACAAAACGGUCACGAAAAAGUUGUUGAAUACUUGGCGACAUUCGGCGCCGAAAUCAAUUCCACUAUGAAUGACGGUUGGACACCACUUCACACAGCUUCCUAUAAUGGUCACGAAAAAGUUGUCGAAUCCUUGGCGACAGUCGGCGGCGUAAUCAAUCACGCUGAAAAUGACGGUGUGACACCACUUUACUUAGGUUCACAAAACGGUCACGAAAAAGUUGUCGAAUACUUGACGACAGCCGGCGCCGAAAUCAAUCGCACUAAAAGAAACGGUGCGACACCACUUUACAUAGCUUCACAAAACGGUCAUGAAAAAGUUGUUGAAUACUUGGCGACAGCCGGCGCCGAAAUCAAUCGCGCUAAAAGAAACGGGGCAACACCACUUUACACAGCUUCACAAAACGGUCACAAAAAAGUUGUUGAAUACUUGGUGACAGUCGGCGCCGAAAUCAAUCGUGCUAAUAAAACCGGUGCGACACCACUUUACGUAGCUUCACAAAACGGUCACGAAAAAGUUGUCGAAUACUUGGCGACAGCCGGCGCCGAAAUCAAUCGCGCUCAAAAAAUCGGUGCGACACCACUUCACAUAGCUUCUUGGAACGGUCACGAAAAAGUUGUCGAAUAUUUGGGGACUGUCGGCGCCGAAAUCAAUCGCGCUACAAAUAACGGCUGGACACCACUACAUAUAGCUUCACAAAACGGUCACGAAAGAAUUGUCGAAUACUUGGUGACAGUCGGCGCCGAAAUCAAUCGCGCCAAUAAAAACGGUUGGACACCACUUUACAUAGCUUCCCAAAACGGCCAUAAAAAAGUUGUCGAGUAUUUAAAGAAAGUCGGCGCUUCUAGAAGGAAUCCUACUAACGAGAACUUCUCCGAAGGGUCUGGUUGUAGUUUAAUGUAGCAAUUUUUUCACCUCCAUGAACAAAGCGUAGGUUUAGUAUCACUAAGUCAGUGCUGGUUAUUUUACAGAGGAUAUAAUUCAUGUAUCACGUCUUGCGAUUUCAUGCAAUAGAAGAUGUUAAUAUCUGUAAAUUCACUGAGAACGGGCGCUAAUAUUAUACCGCUUUGUUAAAUAUAUUUUUUAUACAUAUACCUAAAUACUUCAGAAAUACCUUGAUGAGGUACACCAGAGGACAUAGAAAAACGUCAUAGUUUAAAUCAAAUGACAGUUAAGAACACAUCAGUUUCUGUUAGUAGCAGUGCUUGUUUCUAAUUAGGAAUAAAAUUAACUAGAAGAAAUGUCACAAUAUUUUUAACGACGCGUUUUAUUUUCGACAAAUUGGCACUAGGUUAAUCAGAAUAUUACAAGCUGCUUACUGUUUCCUUCACUUUCAUUUAAAUCACACGAAUUACAAUUAUAGUGCAACAAUGUUUUUAUUGGCAUCGACUAUUUAAAUUUCGCACUUACCCAAAACGGUUGAGGACUCCAAUGUUAAUGAGGGUGGUUUUGCAAAAUCAACCUCCAUCUCGCAUCUAUAUUAAUCUAUACAUACUUUAUACUUAUUUACAAGGUCGCACUAAUGACACAAAAUUUAAAAGGGGACUUUUCGUGCUUUAAUUGCAGAAUCUCCUGUCCUUGAAUCAGUUCUUCUGUUUCAGCUUUAUUUGAUCGAGAAUUCUUAAUGUACAGUGAACGACUGAGGAAUGCCUAAUAAAUGAGACACUAAUACGGUAAAUAACUAUUAGGAAUAUAUUUGUUGUUUUUGUUGCUUUGAAAACUUCAUUUGGUAAUCUUGAUGUGCCCUAAAGAUAUAUGCUGUCCUUCGAUGCUGCUCAUAAAUGCAGUUAAUGUACGAGUAAUCUGCCGAUUCAGUUGUAUUAUCCUUUAUUUUUAAGUCCAAUUCAUUAUACUUUUUGUUCUUCGUUGGAAUGUACAACGCUUUUUCCGAAACCAUUCGCAAAAAUAACAAUCAACCUAGGUCUAAAAUCAAUGAAAAGCAGCACUUCAAAAUUUCUUUACAUCACCUCAUCGCCUCUGCUUUUUCUUUGAUAUUCAUGACUUGGAAGAGUACUCAAUUGUGUAUUUUUUUCGCAACUAGUAUUAUUGAGUUUGAUCAAAAAUUAAAAAUUACUAGUAAAUGUACACACACUAUUACGAAUAAAAUAAGACCUUGAGAUAAAAUAGAAUUGUGUUUUCUCUUUUAAAUAUUAAAUAAACAAAAAGCAAUGCAUGAGACCGUUUAGCAUAUUCCUCCAUAUUUUCCUGAUUGAUUUUUACAACAAUUUAAAGAUGCAAAGGAACAACCCAGAAAAUGAAGAAAUAAUUUUGAAUCGCCUCAUCAGUCACAAAUUCUAACAAAAAGGUGUAAUUUAUAGUAAAUUUAGCCCUAUUGUAAAAUGCAGUACAAGUGAAGCUGUAUACAUAUCUAUAACGAAGCAAAGGUGUACACAAGAAAGAAGAAAUUAUGAAAUACUUCCAAUCUUCUACAAAACAACGACUGACUCAAGUAAAAAAGUUGAACUCUCCAAAAUGAGCCAUUCUUCUUUGUGUCAUUUUGUUACCUCGCGCCGUGGUUGGUGGACUAAGUACUCAAAUUAGACAAUAGGCUUAGGCAAUGGAGGAUCACCUUAGAAACCAGAGAUCUUUUUCGAACACUUCAAGAAAUGUUUCUUUUUUCUUCCUGUAAGAAAGGACACUGAAAGAGCUGUCUAUAGCGGUUAUCCCGAGCGUAAGAAGCCCUAGAUGGUUCAGCACGAACAGUUAGAGCCUACGAAAUUCCACCGUCUGACAAAAACGACCUAAUUCAAUCAACAAGAAACUCAAUCGAGCUACAAACCAACGAAAAAUACGAGCAUCAUUUUUUCGGAACUUGAGCAACAAUCCCGGUGAGGAAGACUUCGAAAGAUCUUCAUGUUUACUUGUACAUGCAAAGCUUGCACGGAAAACUGGCCGAUUUUAACAUCCCCACAGAUGAACUGGACCUUCAACAAGAAAAUAUCACCAAGUUGCAGAAAAACUUACGUCACAUCGUCAGGAAGAGGUUGUGGACGAAGAGGACCAAUUAGACCGCGAUUCCACAAAAAAUAAUGGUUGCUAGCAGAAAUUUCUCGUUACUUAUAUAACGUCGUAUUAUUGUUAGUAUAUACGUAGAAGCAGCAACAAACGUUGUAUUUUUUUAGCUAUUUUUUAAAAAAUGUUCGUAUAUCAAUCGUCUAUUUUGUAGUGUUGCUAAAAUUUUGUCAAUAUAUUUAAAGAAUAUAAUGUUAAUUUGUACAAGA